AUGAACACCAUGAUGAAAGGUGAAGAUUCAGAGGAAGUAGAGAUUGACUUGGAGGACUCUAGUGACUCUGAUGAAUUUGAUAAUGGUGAGGAACCUGAAACUCUCUGGAGGGCCCAUCCUUCUCUUGAAGAAAAGGAAGACAUUCAUACGUCCACAAUGGUCGAAAUCAGUGAUACCAAGCCUCUGAUAAAUGUCCGGGACCCCCGCGGUAUCAAUGACUGUCUCAAGGUGACGUUUGAGGAUGUGAUUGCUGAGCCGGUGUCACUGCGCAGUGGGGACAGAGUGUGGAUCUGGAGUCAUGCCCUGUUUGAGGUGUCUAGGGUUUGGAUCUACAGGGUAGUGACAGUGCUUCUGGCCAUUCCCAUUUCAAUUAUCUCUGGUCUUCUCUUUGCCAUCCUCAGCUGCCUCCACAUCUGGAUUGUCGGUCCUUGUAGCCACUGUGUCCUCAUCGGGGCACACUGGCUGCAGAGCCUAUGGAGCAUUGUGCUGGGCAUCGUUGUGCGCCCCUUCCUCACGAGUGCUGGGAGAUGCUGUGGAGGCUUCAGUGUUCACCUGGCCAGAGAAUGA